GCCCUUCAUUCUAGAGUGUGUGGGUGAAAUCAGAAAUGUGUGCAGCAGAGACAAACAACAGAGCAGACAAAAACCAAGAGAGAAAGACGGUGGUCGGAGCUUCAGCGACUCCGGCGAGGCGCGGCUGAUUCAAUUGACGGCGCGGCGAGUUCGGCACACACUGACACGCAGUGAGAAAUGCAAGGUAACACUCAUUGGCGGAACCAACUGUGCUGCAACUGCAACCUAAUUAUCAGGGAAGGUUGUUAGUCCAUUGUGGUUGUGGGUUUGAAACCUUGGUACUUCACUACAUAUUUUGAUUUUUGAACUCUAUUUCUUGCUCUUCCUGUAAUUGAAUUCUUUGAAGAACAGAACCCCCACUUGUUGCAUUUGACAAAAUGGUGUCAGCUUUGGUCUCUCGUGCUUCGCAUAGGUUCCUCAAAUCUUCUCUCAUUUCUUCUAUCUCCUCCAAAUCUCCUUACCCCUCCAUCUCCAAUCCAUUGAUCUCCUCUAAACAAUUUGUAGAACGAAAACCUGGUCUGAAUCUUCUACUCAGUCCUUUCAAGCCACCCCACCGUCAAAUUUCUAAUGUUGAAUUUUGUAGAAGUGUUAGAUCUCUCCCGAAUAUCCAGUUUAUUGUGCACAUCUCUACAUCGCCUUCAAGUUUAGGAAACGGUUCAAAGGAAGAUAAGAAUCAAAGAAGUAAUGUGAGUAGUGGAGUGGAUAUCUCUUGGAUCGACUUGUACUUGCCUAGGCGGGUUCAGCCCUAUGCUCGGCUUGCUCGGCUUGAUAAGCCAAUUGGAACAUGGUUGCUUUUAUGGCCUUGUAUGUGGUCAAUUGCCUUAGCUGCACCCCCUGGUCACCUUCCUGAUUUUAAAAUGUUGACUCUGUUUGGAUGUGGAGCAUUGCUUUUAAGAGGAGCUGGGUGUACUAUAAAUGAUCUGCUUGAUCGGGAUAUUGAUACAAAGGUAGAACGUACAAAGUCAAGACCUGUGGCAAGUGGUCUUUUGACCCCAUUUCAAGGACUCUCUUUUCUUGGAUUUCAAUUGCUUUUGGGUCUUGGAAUACUUUUGCAACUAAAUAAUUAUAGCCGUGUUUUGGGUGCUUCGUCCUUGUUUCUCGUCUUCUCCUAUCCCCUCAUGAAGAGGUUUACAUUUUGGCCUCAAGCCUAUCUAGGGUUGACCUUUAAUUGGGGGGCUUUGUUAGGAUGGGCAGCAAUUAGAGGAAGUCUGGAUCCAUCUAUCGUGCUGCCACUUUAUGCCUCUGGAGUUUUUUGGACCCUUGUGUAUGAUACUAUUUAUGCACAUCAGGAUAAAGAAGAUGACCUGAAAGUGGGAGUUAAAUCAACAGCUUUACGCUUUGGUGAUUUGACAAAGCAAUGGAUUACUGGUUUUGGGUUUGCAUGCCUUGGUAAUCUUGCUCUCAGUGGUUUUAAUGCUGAACUAGGUUGGCCAUAUUAUGCAUGUCUGGCAGCUGCAUCCGGACACUUGGGCUGGCAAGUAUGGACAGUUGACCUUUCAUCGCGUGCUGAUUGCAAUAGGAAAUUUGUCUCAAAUAAGUGGUUUGGAGCUAUCAUAUUUGGUGGGAUCCUUGCUGGGAGGCUUUCAUCAUAGUGAAGGCACUGUGAGCUUACAUGAAUAAGACUUGAAAGAAGUAGAUGAUUGUCUUUUGGUGUGCAAAACCUGGACACUGCAUCUCCUUAGACUUGAGGUUGUGACUUGUGACCAAGAAAUCAACAGGGAACCUGCCCAGUUUGAAUUACGAGAAAAUACUCUGCGAGUGGGAGAUGCCAAUGCACAGUAGCUGCCAUUUGAAGGUUCAAACUAUGGAGUCAGUGAAUGUUCAGGGGCGGAGUAUAGAGUAUUGAUAGGUGCCCUUAGUUAAUUAGUUAUUUACUUAGUUGUGAUAGUUUUAGUUAGUUUGAGAGAGUGAGAGAAUGUUAUAAAUAAGAGACUUAGAGAGAAAUAACAUCUUUAGGGUCAUUGGGAAUUGGGAGAGGCCAUGCUCUCUCGAAUAACCUGUAAAUUCUUAGUGUUACUUCAGUUUACUUUCUUCUUUAAUGGCUGGUACCUAUCAAUUAGUCCACUCGGGUCUGGACGAGUAAAAGGGCAUCAUAUUUGUUACAUGAUGACUUUCAUAUUGAUUAUUGGCAGUACAUGGGGUAUUUUCCAUGUAAGAAAAAUCAGACACAUUGAAAAACUUGUAAUACAAUUCAAGAACAAGAUUGAAAAUGAAAGUUGCUACAAAGAUUCGUUUC